AUGGCCAGGUGCUCUGGGUAUGAUGUCAAACGAUCGUCCGCCAUGACGAUGGAGAAACAGGUGGCAAAAGCGCUAUCUCGAUACGGAACGGGGAACUUUAUAGGAGGUACAAUGUCAGGCACCUGCACUUUACUGAACAUCCGACAUUGCGAUCUAGACACGUACGAUGUACCGCUUGCUGCAAUGGUCUGUGUCGGGCUCGUCAUUGAACCACGGUGA